GAAUUUAUCUGGAGCUUUAGCAAAAUUGGUUGUUGUUUGGAUUUUCUUGUAAUUUGUUCUUUUCUAUUUAAUUAAUGUAUUGUAAUUAUUCAGUAUCUCUUCAACAUAUCAGCAAUAGAAACGGGUGUUCGGGUUUAUUAAUAAAGCUAAAAAUAAUAAAAACAAAACCAACAACAACAACAAAAUCCAAAAGCAACAAAACGAAAAGGCGUUGAACGGCCGAAGAAUUUGCCCAUGUUGUUGGUUUAGUGCGCUGUAUUUUGUGUACUUUAGCAGGCAAUAAUAAAAUAUAUUGUUCAUACGCAGCAUUGCCUACGCUCGCUCGCCUCCAGCAGCAUCCGAGCGGCAAAAAGUCGUUCUGUCAGUUGGGAACGGCGUCUGCUUUAGGCAGCUGUGCGGCUGUCUGCCUGUCUGGGGCUGUAUAGACAAUUUGUAUCGUAUGUUUUUUCGCAAUUAAAACAAAUAAUAUGGUAAAUUUGAUAACAUAAAUGAAAUAUAAAAAGUAUUGGAAACAAAAAAGGAGAAAUAUAAUUGCUAGAGAGCCAACAGAUUGUCGAAAAAGCAGAGAUUGAAACACGUUCAUUUAAGUGCACAAAUUCCACAAUUUGAAAUAUGCAAAGUUUUGUUCGUUAGUUUGUAUGUAUGUGUAUUACAUAUUUGCUUAGAAGGUGUGUCAACAAUAAAAAAUCUGAGAAAUAUUACUUGCAAAAUCAUAAGCUGUGCAUUGUUUAGCACUGACUAACAGUGUUAUUUACAGCAAGUGCUUUGUAUGCUGUCCGGGAAAUGAAAGAGCGUGGCCCUGAGGUCAUUGGAGGCACAGCUGUCCACUCAAGGCUUGCAGCAUCAGCGGCUGUUUAUGUAUGAAAGCAUAAUCAAUUGGGAACAUUAUCUUUAUUUAAAAUGUACAAGUCAACUGUUACAAUCUAAGAAAUAUAUUAGUAGUAUAAUCGCAUGAAGCGAACUCCAUACUGAGAGCUUCACGGAAUUUGCCUAAAUAAUGAACGCCACUUUGAAGAGUAUGACCUGGUCGACGAUUGUGGCUGUCGCUUUAUUCCUGCUACUUAUAUUGGUAACAGUAAUUGGGAAUAUGCUUGUCAUAUUAUCAGUCCUAACAACGAGGAGACUGCGAACCGUCACGAAUUGCUUCGUAAUGAACUUAGCCACCGCCGAUUUGCUGGUGGGCAUCUUCGUAAUGCCACCGGCAGUUGCCUUGCAUGUCAUUGGCUCAUGGCAACUUGGCUGGGUACUCUGCGAUAUUUGGAUCUUCUUUGAUAUUUUGCUGUGCACGGCAUCCAUUCUAAGUUUGUGUGCCAUAAGCUUGGACAGGUAUCUUGCCGUGACACAACCAUUGACAUAUUCGAAAAAAUGGCGCUGCAAGCGAUUGGCAUUGUUAAUGAUUCUUGGAGUUUGGAUCGUAGCAUUUAUAAUUACGUGUCCCCCAAUGUUUGGCUGGUAUGAACCAGGCCGAAAUCGGUAUGAAGGUGAAUCCGUUGACUGCCGCUAUAAUCAGAAUAAAGGAUAUGUUGUUUACUCGGCCAUGGGCUCGUUCUUCAUACCUCUCACCAUCAUGUUAUAUGUUUACGUCAAGAUUGGCUUUGUACUGACCUCGAGAAGACAACGAAUCGUAAACGAUGCAAAUACGGAACGCACCGCAGAUCAUGAUGUGGAUGGCGAUAAUUUUGUAUCUGAAGCGGAGCUUUAUCGCUGCAAUCCACACAAAUGCUUGCCGAGCUGUGAGGCGCGUUGCAGCGUCAUAGGAUCUCAUGUAAAUCCCAUAUUUGGGGCUAACAACGUCAAGUGCACCAAAUGCCAGGAGGCAAAAGUUGGCGAUAAGCGGAAAAAGUUUAAGCAUCAGCCGACCUUCUAUGAGCUGGUAGAGGUUUCGCGCAUGUCCUCGCUGAUGCACUGCUCCGUGGACAAUUGCCGGUAUCAUGCCAAGUGCAGCUCGACCUUGUCCAUGCCAGCUCUGUACUACAAGGAGAGUCAGUGCAUGGCUGACAAGUCGAUGGAAAUGCCGAAUGGUAAUCAGAUGGGAGCCAACCGGGCGUCCACCACGUCCCACCAGAUGCAGCGGCAGCUGGCAAAUCAUCGCAUUCCCAUGCGCGUAUCGACCAAAAUUCAAAAUAGCAAAACGACCAAGACUCUCACCAUUGUCAUGGGAGGCCUAAUCGCAUGUUGGACACCGUUUUUUACUUUAUACAUCCUUGUGCCCUUCUGGCCGCAGCUGAAAAAGCUCGAGGGUCUCAUGACGUUCCUCAUAUGGGUUGGCUGGGUGAACUGCGCCAUUAACCCGUUCCUUUAUGCCUUUAAUCCGGACUUUCGAGCUGCGUUCUGGCGCCUCACCUGUCGGCGAAUCUGCAAGCAGAAACUGGCCCAAAACCAUAUAAAUAUGUUUCGUGCGUAAGCCCUUAAGCCCCCCGUAUUGAAACACAUUUACUUGGGUGUAUAAUAAUUGAUUAGGAAGUCCACAAUUUUUAUUUGAAUUUGAAACAGAUGUAAGAGCACGUAAAAAAUAAAUAGAUUUAUUUAAA